UCUGGGCUCUGUUGUUGUGCAGAGCUGCAGAAGGCCUGAUAGAGCCAGCUAGACAGAGAGAGAGAAGGAAGGGAGGGAUACAUAGACAGACACACACUGUGGAUCUAGAGCUUGUGUAUUCAUUUCAUCACCCAGAUCAACCAGCGACACUCUGAGGGGAAGGAGACAAAGGGACGAGCAAGACGAAAGGGAGCUUCAGUGUGAGCGGGGAAAGUGAAAGAGGAGAAGGAAGGAAGGAAAGGGAGGGAGGAAGGAAGGAGGCUGGGGCAUGAGGAGGGGCGCCUGACUGACAUUGCUGCUCCCGCUAUCAGCUCACCCACACACACACACACACACACACACAGUCACACACACCGAUGUAGACAGACACACACACACACACAUUAAGCGCUGCACAGUUGCUGCUCCUUUUUUUAUCCUUUCACGGAGCCUUGUCCUCCAUCCUUUCUUCUCCUCUGAGCAGAGGACAAGAGAGGAGGAAGAGGAGGAGGGAAAAGGACGAGGAGGAGAAGAGGAGGAGGGGAGGCAGUAACCCUCUCCUCUCCUAUACCUAAGCACACAGCAGAGAGACAGAUAGGGUGAGAAGUGUACCAAAAAAGAAAGAAAGAGAGAAAGCAGCUUUCUGUUCUAUUUCGCCGUCUCCUGUGGUCCCUGGGCCAGCGAGCGGCUAACAGGCACCGCUCAUGUCCGUGAACUCGGAGAAAUCCUCGUCCCCCGAAAGGCCUGAGACCCAGCAGAAAGCCCCGGUGAGUGCCCCUCCUCCCCCGCCGCCCCCUCCGCCUCCCCCUGAGCCGGCAGGGCCCCCGGAGCCGGAGGAGGAGAUCCUUGGCUCCGACGAUGAGGAGCAGGAGGACCCCGCGGACUACUGCAAAGGAGGGUACCAUCCGGUGAAGAUCGGGGAUUUGUUCAACGGGAGGUACCAUGUGAUCAGAAAGUUGGGGUGGGGCCACUUCUCCACCGUAUGGCUAUGCUGGGACAUACAAGUGAAGAACUUUGUGGCGAUGAAGGUGGUGAAGAGCGCCCAGCAUUACACAGAGACGGCCCUGGAUGAGAUCAAACUGCUGCGAUGUGUGAGAGAGAGCGACCCCGGCGACCCCAACAAGGACAUGGUGGUUCAGCUGAUAGAUGAUUUCAAGAUCUCUGGAGUCAACGGCAUACAUGUGUGUAUGGUGUUUGAAGUGCUGGGUCACCACCUGCUGAAGUGGAUUAUUAAAUCCAACUACCAAGGUCUGCCGCUGCCAUGUGUCAAGAGCAUUAUCAAACAAGUCCUGCAGGGUCUGGACUACCUCCACACUAAAUGUAAAAUCAUCCACACGGACAUCAAGCCAGAGAACAUCCUGAUGUGUGUCGAUGACGCCUUCGUUAGGCGCAUGGCCAUGGAGGCGACCGAAUGGCAGAAAGCUGGAGCCCCCCCACCGUCUGGCUCAGCAGUUAGCACAGCCCCCCAGCUGAAACCGGCGAGUACAACAGAUGUGGGGAAGAUCUCCAAGAACAAGAAGAAGAAGCUGAAGAAGAAACAGAAGCGGCAGGCAGAGCUGCUGGAGAGGCGGAUGCUGGAGAUCGAAGCCCUGGAGAGGGAGGCGGAGAAGAAGGAGGAGAGUGCCAAAGACGGGGGAGAGAAAGGGGAAAAUGACAGCAACCAGUCUUCACCCCCGCCGCCGCCGCCGCCACCUCAUCUGGGCCCCAGCAUGGCUCUGGGAGAGAGCGACGAGGACGACGACGAUGACGAGGAUGGGGAAGAUGAGGAGGAGGAGGGAGGAGACAGGGAUAGAGAGAGGGAUAGAGAGAGGGAGAGGGAGAGGGAGAGAGAGCGAGAGAGGCCCAGGCCCGUCAGGUUGACGAAUCAUACAUGCGCGGCGCCUCCCCAGGAGCAGAGCGAGGCACCCCACAUCUUGGAUGAUGACCCCGAUGAGGAGGAGGAGGAGGAGGAGGAGGAAGAGGAGGAGGAGGAGGUGCCUACGCCUACCGCUGAAAACGAUGGUCCCAUUCCUCCCACCACAGAUGAAGGAAAUGUAGAUCCAACACAAGCAGAGGUAGAGAAAAAGGACGAGGGGGAUGAGAAGGAGGAGCAGCGUGAGGAGGAGGGAUUAAAAGGUGUAGAGGAUAAGAAUGAAGCAGAGGCGGAGGAGAAGGUAGAGGAGGAGGAGGAGGAAGAAGAGGAAGAAGAAGAAGAGGACGAGGAAGAAAAAGAGGAGGAGGAGAAAGACAUUGUAAGAGAGGAGAAUGAGACAGAGGAGCCAAAGAGUGAGAGCAAAACAAAGGAGGAGGCAGUGGUAGAGAAAGAGGAGUCAAAGGAGCAGGAGGGGGAGGACGAGGAGGACGAGGAUGAGGAGGAUGAGGACGAGGAGGACGAGGAUGAGGAAGACGAGGACGACGACACAACCACGGAGCUCCUCACGGACACCACCUCCCUGCUCAAACCCCAGAACAACAAAAGCAAUUCGGCCAAAACCAACGGUCACAUUUCGUUGGGAUCUGAGGGACUGAAACCGAAGCCUGGCAAUCCUCCGCCUCCCUCGCCCACCCCCGAGGUUCUCCUCUGCCCCCUGGUGGAGUCCGAGCUCAGCUACACGGACAGAGACCACUCUCUCAGCUCCGGCUAUGAGAUGUACAACGGCGACCUGGCUGAGCCCGUGCUGACCAACGGUGGCAGUGACCGCCAUAGGGCCAUCAUGCCUCUCUUCCCAGACUUGCCCCUGGAUCCUUUGCCGGGAAACCCCAUUUCUGUUGGAUUGGCAGACAUUGGAGCAGGCCCGUCACCCAACAGCCCGGCCGCUGACCGCAGUCGCACUGUGUCGUCCUCGAGCACGGGAGACACACCCAAAGUCAGGGCCAGAGCGGCAGAUCUCCUGAUCAACCCACUCGACCCGCGCAACGCCGAGUCUAUUCGAGUUAAAAUCGCUGAUCUUGGAAAUGCCUGCUGGGUGCACAAGCACUUUACAGAGGACAUCCAGACGAGACAGUACCGUUCCAUUGAAGUCCUGAUAGGAGCUGGUUACAGCAACCCUGCAGACAUCUGGAGUACUGCCUGCAUGGCUUUUGAGCUGGCGACUGGAGAUUACUUGUUUGAGCCCCACUCUGGAGAGGACUACUCCCGUGAUGAGGACCACAUCGCUCUGAUCACGGAGCUCCUUGGGAAGGUCCCACGCAAAGUGUUCGCUGCCGGGAAGUACAGCCGAGAGUUUUUCUCCAAGAAAGGUGAGCUUCGGCACAUCACCAAGCUGAAGCCGUGGUCGCUGUUUGACGUGCUGGUGGAGAAGUACGGCUGGGCGCACGAAGACGCCGGCCACUUCACGCACUUCCUUCUGCCCAUGCUGGAGAUGGUGCCCGAGAAGAGGGCCUCGGCGGGCGAAUGCCUCAACCACCCUUGGCUCAACUCGUAGCCACGAGCUCCGAUCAGUUGUCGCCCAACAGUUAGCCCGAACAUCAUCCCCCGGUGGCAGGCGGCCUGUGGAACAACAGCACGGAGAGAAGCUGGAGGCAAACAGUCAGAGUAGAUGAUGAAGACGUAAUCUUUCCUGCCCUAUCCCUCGCAUCCAUUACAUGCUUAUCUGAGUAGGCUUAAGUCCCACGCAAGGCCCUCACCCUUUCCCAUAAGGAAUGUAAAGACAAGCGUACGGAGAUAACAUGACAUAGUAGCUGUGUCUUCCAAAACAUCUCCCAAAAAGAUCAUUUGAAGAUGGAUGCUGCUCACACAAAAAAAUAAAAUUAAAAAAAGUAAGAGGAGAGAUGUCAGCCAGUCCCUCCCGUCUUAAUCUACCCCUGGAAUGCUCAGUUUUACCGCGUUUGGAUCCAGUCAUGGACCACUGACAGCUGCUGAUCUUUGCAACGAGGAGCUCCAUCUGCCAUGACCUUUUAGAUAGCCGGGGCCUCAAAGACAGACACGUUUGUUUUAGAGGGGUAACGAGCACCUGUGCUCACGAUCUGCCGACGUAGACCCUUCUCCUCUCUCUCUCUCUCUCCAGCCCCGUUGCCCCUCCCUGCCUCCCUCACCCUGCUAUGGAAGAGAGCAACCACAUCGGACUAAAAGUUUACACCCUGAUUUCUUCCAAAAAUCCAAUCCCCCCCCCCAAAAAAGCACCUCCUCACUGUUUGCCCCCCCCCCCCUCCUCCUAAAUGAGCUGCAUGCUCCUCAGAGAACUGGAGGGCAGCCAGUCCUCCAGGGGGCACCACACUGACAGUUGCCACUCUGACAAAAGACAAGACAGAAAAAAGUGCGGGAUGAGCAACAAAAAAAUAAAUCAAAAUACAAUCAAUUCAACACGGAGGAGGAACACUUGUGCUUUAAGGACUAUAUUUUUUUAAAUGCAUGGGGAGACUGAUGGAUCGGCAUGAACGGAUACGACAAACGAACGAUGGUUGCGUUUAUUUUAUUUGUGCAUUUCACCUCUCUUGGACAUUCUGUUCGAAAGAAGUAUGUUAGGAUGUGUUGGUGCCCCCUCUGAGGAAGGGAACUACAACCUCUUUUGACAUUCCUAACUCUUGGUCCUCUGACAUUAUUCCUGACUUUUAUUCCCCGAGAACAAUUCCGUUUUUCUUUUUCUUUCUCGUGGCACGUUUACCUGAUCAGUACUAUACCCCUCUUGCCCCUUCCCCCCAUCCCCCAUCCCAUAGAGGAGCCCUUUGAUCCCUGAGCUACCCGACGGCCUCACGUGGAGGUUGCACUUGUCUUUGUAGAUGUCCUUCAGGGAUUUGAAACCUUUGUACAUAGAACUGAGAUCUUGCAACGCAGAGAAGCGACCGUGGACAAAGUUUCAACAUACAAGCAUCAUUCCAAAAAAAAAAAAAAAAAAAACAAAAAAUAAACAGAGGUUGUUGUUGUUGGCGUAUCUUUACGUCCUCUAAUACAGUGGGGGUAGAGGGGUGGGGCGCCAUAGCUCUGACCCUGGAGGAAUGUUCAGACUGAACUGUGCCACCUGGUGGCUGGGUGAGAGUACUGCGUUGCCACACACUGCUGCCGCUCUCGGUGCCAACGCUCCGAGACGUUCCACUAUAUCUCUCCACUUAAUCUCUAUUUCUCUCUCUCUCUCUCUCUCUCUCUCUCUCACACACACACAUACACACACACAGAAACUUGCAUCGUCACAAUUAGUCAAGUUGCCUAUUUUUCGCAAUAAAUGAAAAAAGAUGACUAUAAGUAAAUGGUGAGAUAUUUUUAAAAACUAUUUAAUUCAUUAAAAAAAAAGAGAAGAAAAAAAAAAAAAAAAGAAAACAACUUUUCUCUGGUUGUUGUGACCGUGACAGAAUCUCGUCUUAUACUGAGGUGAUUGUGUUUUUGUCUUUUAGAGAUGUUUUUAUUUCUUUCGUCAUCAUUAUUAUUAUUAUUAUAUUGAAAGGUUUUUUUUUUACACAGUUGUCACCUCUCCCCUCCCUCCUUACUUGAACAGUGCUGCUGUCUAGACUCUUGAUGGCGAUAAUGAAAAAGAAAAAAAAAAAAAUCAACAGUUUUGCAAUAAAGGGUAUGUGAUGAGUUUCUUUUGCACCCAAACCUCCUGAUCUCACUCGUUCAGCCAUGCCGACUGUUCUUCCUGAUGACAUUGACAGAAUGGCGUCUCUUGUCUGUGUUUUUCAUUGACAGAUUUAAUAAAAUUGUAAAUUAAUGGA